AGAAUACACCCUCCCUUCUGCAUACCACUCCCUGCAAUGGCCCUUGGAUCCCUAAAGAACUCUAAGUGGGCAGACCGGACUCCGGCCGAGGCACAUGUCUUCACGCAAGAGCAGCGCAUCGCACAGGAGAAGGAGAAGGCAACGCGUUUGCUAGGGCGCCUGCGUUGGAAAGCUGAAUCGUUGAUUGCAUCAUACAAUCGCGCACUGGAUAUUCUGAGUACAGCACCAGGGAACCUUGAUGGCCGGCAUCUGAGAUAUCCAUUCAUGUUGGGUCUCGGGGUCGUGAGUCCCGCCGUGACCCCCCAUGAGCAAGCACGAGAGGCUGAGAUGCAGAAGAGGCGAGCCGAAUCUAUGUUCAAGCUCGACUUCUUCGAAUUCUACGCCCUUCUUGAGCGAUAUAUUACUCAGUGUUUGUCUAUACUUGGUGUCCAUGUGACUGCUAAUGCUCUUGGCCCUAAUAUCGGUCUCCGUUUGCUCACGAACCCGAAUGCACCUCGAACCGUUCAGAGCAAUGGCAUGAACCAGGUCCAUUCGUCUCAUCGCUUUCAUGAGAAUCUUCUAGAAAUGCUAGAUCAGGGGGAUAACCCGCUGCAUCAAGCCCUCGGCCGCCAAGACGUUCGUAUCCAACUUGGUCGCGCAAAGGAAUAUCGCAACAAAUGGAAGGAUGCCGACGAGAAGUUAACAGUCUCGAAGUGGACUCCCGAAGAUGACCCGAUUAAACUCAGGGACCUCGACCUCGAGAGAAUGCUCUCGACCAUCUUCGGAGGCUUGGAGCACGCCCAAAGUGUUGUUAACCAAAGCCUUGGAAACAGUGGCAUGCUUUUAUAUCAACGAGAUGUCGACAUCGACGAUGAUUCCAUGCCUUAUGAAUACAUGUACGACCCAAUGGACCUGGAUUGAGACGAAGACGAUGCUAGCUAUGUUUAUUUGUUUUUCAGAAGGUAGGUACAUCAUUAUUGUGGCCUCAAUGAUGUCGCCCAGGUGUAUAUCCACCGAGGUGGGACCAUAUGUUUAGAUACCCUUUUCUUCUUGCUUCGGAUGGCGGGCGGCGUUUUCCUUGAGUCUUGACGACUAGGAUAUGGUGUUGGUCAUUGCAUCGUCAAGCGACGAUAUAUUCCCUUACGUAUAUGACGGCCAUGUUUGAUUCGAUACCGCCGGCGAAGGAAACGG